AUGGCGUCGCUACUGGCGACUCUCGCGAUUCUGCUCCUCGCCGGGGUGGCAAGUUGCCAGCCUUCCAUCUCCUUCCCCUUCAACGCGCAGCUGCCCCUGGCUGCCCGGAUAGACGAGUUCUUCUCUUAUUCCUUCUCGCCGUAUACCUUCACCUCCGGCUCCAAGAUCACAUAUUCGCUCGGCAACCACCCAAGCUGGCUGUCGAUCGAGAGCAGCACGCGACGUCUAUACGGAACUCCGAGAGCCUCCGAUGUCACCAAAGGGGAUGUCGUCGGCCAGCCCGUCGACAUCAUCGCGACGGAUGGCACGGGUUCGACAACCAUGAGCGCGACCGUCGUUGUAUCUCGGAGCCCGCCACCAUCGGUCCAGGUGCCGCUAGCAAAGCAAAUCGAUAACUUCGGCAAAUUCUCCGCUCCCUCGUCCAUCCUCUCAUACCCGUCGACGCCGUUCAAGUUCAAGUUCGACCAAGAUACUUUCGGGAAGGCAGGACUCAACUAUUACGCGACUUCGGGCAACAACAGUCCCCUGCCCGCGUGGGUCAAGUUCGACGCCAGCACCCUGACAUUCUCUGGCCAAACACCUCCUUUCGAGUCUCUAGUUCAGCCACCGCAGACAUUCGACUUGCAGCUUGUCGCUUCGGAUGUUGUCGGUUUCUCUGCCGCCUCACUGUCUUUCUCCAUCGUUGUCGGCAGCCACAAGCUCACGGCGGACAAUCCGAUUGUCACUCUCAACGCGAGCCGCGGCUCUGCGCUGACCUAUGACGGCCUGGAAAGGGGAAUCCAGCUGGAUGGGAAGCAAGUUGGUGCAGGCGAUUUGAAGGUUACCACCAGCAACGUUCCGAAGUGGCUUUCCUGGGACCCGAAAUCACUCACGAUCCAAGGCACCCCAGGGCCGGGUGAUCACUCGACCAACUUUACCGUCAGCUUUCACGACCCUUUUGCCGAUUCUUUAGACGUCAUCGUCAUUGUCAACGUAGCGUCCGGCCUCUUCGAGUCCACCCUCGAUGACCUGCAAGUUCGACCAGGGAGUGAUUUUGACGUCGAUUUGACCACAUACUUUCGGACGCCGGAUGACGUUCAAGUCAAAGUAACCACCAGCCCCAACGAGGACUGGCUGAAGGUCGACGGUCUGAAGCUCUCUGGCCUGGUGCCCAAAACCGCAAAGGGAGCCUUCAAGCUCACCAUUGAGGCUUCGUCGAGGAGCUCUUCUCUCAAGGAGACAGAGACAGUUGGUGUAGACUUCCUCGCUAUAGAUGGAACUACUACAACAAUGACAACAGCUUCUGCGACAUCGUCUUCCGCCACGCAAGCGCCGACUCAAACCAACACAACUUCCGCAGACUCUACAGAUGCCCCGACCUCCGGCCAUAUGAGUACGAGCCAGAUUCUACUGGCCACCAUCAUCCCUAUCAUUUUCAUUACCGUUCUGUUAAUGGCCCUGGUCUGCUUUUUCCGGCGGCGACGCGCCCACAAUAAUUAUCUGUCCAAGAAGUAUCGCCGAAAUAUCUCGAACCCGGUUCCCAACAGCUCACAUAGCACCGGCUCGGAGCCUUCAAUGCGCGAGAUUGAAGACAUGGCUGGUGUUGCGCACACGGAGACUCACAUGCCCAAGACCCCCAACGAGGGCUACGCCGUGGUCCACUCUGAUAACUCUCACUCAUCCCUGCGACCGUCGUCGGAGACUCUGGGACCGAUUUCCGACACCGAGAUGCCGCGAGCUCUCCUCGCCUCCUCAGUCAGGACCGCGACUAGCCGGAGCUUAAACGGCUCCGCCAGCGACGAUGGCAGGCAAUCGUGGAUCACGGUAGAGGGGGACGCCGCGACGACUGCGGCCCGAAGCGUAAAGUCUGCGCGGACGAACAUGUCAGAAGCGACCUUUGCAGGACCUGCACACCAGAUCCUGCCUACGCCAAGCUUCCUCGCCGAGUCCCGGAACGACGAUUUCAGGUCAGGCCUGGACUUUACCAUACCUACACUAGCGGACAUGGAGAGCGUGCCGCCUGGAACUGCGAUUGCGUACAAGCCACCUAAGCGAAUCGGGUCGCAUCAGAGCUUGGAUGCCCGCUCCACGAUUACUUCGAGUUCGGCGGCGCUGCCAGCCGGAUUCGAGAGCAUGCAGAAGACGGUGCUCACAGAGGACCCAUCCGCGCCAAACUGGGAGACGAUAGCCGAGAGUGAGGUCGGCGAGACGGCAUCCCAGCUGAGGAAACCCGACAGGGCAGUGCUGGGUUCCCGGCCCGCCGAGUCUAGCCUGCUAUACGAUGCGGACUCGGCCAUGCUGAGCAGGGACUUGACGGCAGACAUUUCGUUUGGCUCGUCGGAGAACUGGCGCGUCAUUGGCAACCGCGGCACGGUGACGAGCCGCCCGAGUCCCUCGUAUAAAUCCCUCGUCGAGUCGGCACCCUUCCACCCCUCCCGGCCAAGCACCGCCAGGGACGGCGCCCGGCCAGGCGAGCGAGCGAGCCCGGAGCCCGCCUCGAGCCAGUGGACCGAGGAUGACGCCCUCCCGUCACGGCCGAUACGCCCGUCCAUCAGCCUGGUCCCCAAGGACAGCGACGAGGAGGACUCGAGCGCCGCGCAGAUGCCGCGCAACAAGAGCGGCUUUGCCUCAUCGAUAGACCUCGAGCCGCCGACGCUGCCCAUGACGUGGAGCAGGGACCAGUCGGGGAACCACCUCUCGGACGGGAGUGGGAGUUUCAAGGUGUUUCUGUGA